AGGUCCACUACCUUUUCAUUCUGUUUCUAAUGCCAGUGAGAAUGCCUGUCAGUGGAGGGACAUGUCCACCUUGGUUCACUGAAGGUUCAUCAGCCUACCCUCAGUGUGUGUGCAGCGGUGCAAUGGAGUCAGUGGUGACGUGCAAUCAGAGAGAAGGUGCUUCAUAUGUCAAAGUGGGACACUGUGCUUACCAUGACAUCUGUACGAAUGAAACUGUGGCGGCAUACUGCCCAUAUGUAUUUCUACCUCAUCUUGUCAAAAACGGACUCAUUGACCUACCUCAAAACCUC